ACCCUACUGAUGUCAGCACAUUUGCCUUACAGACCUUUACAGAUGUGGUUAUUUCCUGUUAUGCUUAUAUGUAGCAGCACACGGUAUGAAGUAGGUUUAGUUUUGCUGAUAAAGCCAUGAUGUCAAAACUGACUAUAACUUUAUACUUUACUGCUGCUUUGGUUGUCUACAACAUUCAAGGAGCAGACUCUGAGAGGAAGAAAGGUUUUGAAAAGAUGAAAAAGGGGGAAAACUUUACAAUGAAAUGCAAUACAAUGGACAAGCAAACAGAUACUUUAAAUAUAUAUUCAAGACUCCCUAGCAAGCAUAUAGUGCUGGCCUAUGACAUACAAAGGAACGUCUGUACUUUUGGUCCUAAAUACAAAAAAAGAAUGACAAUCAGUGGCACUGCAAAAAAACUAACUGUGACAAUUACAGACAUGCAGCCAAAUGAUUCUGGACUUUACAUAGGCCACUAUACAAAAUUUGAUAUAACAAAAGGUGUAGAAGAAGGAGAAGAAGGCUGCAGCAGUCUCCUGUUUGUGAAUGAUGUGGAUAAGACCGUACCCACUGAAAAAUCAACUAGUAAUAUGUCACCUGCUAUGUCUGAGCCACUGGUGCUGGUCUUUGCCCUGAUUGCAUGCACUAUAUUUUUGGUUUGUUUCCUGAAGAUGUGGAUGUGUGUACCCAAGGCCCUCAAUCUCAGAGUCAGCAGGUCCGUCCAGUUGGUCGCAUGAUUCAGCUGUCUCACCCAACUCCCUACAUGAGGCCUGUUUCAGCUGAACUUUUGACUUUCACUUCCUCACACAUUGUUGAUCAGAGAGCUCAGACUGACUAGGCCUGAUAGUAAAAGUAACCAGACUCAGUGCUAAGUCUAUGAAUACAAUAAACUUCUUUUCUUGUUUACA